AUGAAGGCCACUCUGCUCAGUUUUGUUGUGCUGUUUUUAGUGGUUGAUCAGUUUGCUCCUUUAAUUACAGGUAAUAUAUUGUUUCUUAUAGACUCCUAUAAAAAAGCCUCACGUAAUAUGGAAUCCAAGCACAAAAGUAUUUCAUUGAGUCAUUGUGUGGCAGCGCCAGACAAACUGCCAUGCCCUUUACCAUACAAAGUUUUUUUACAGGAACGUCUAAUUUUGGGCUGAAGCUGAACUCAUUUAUUCACUUCCCUUUUUUGUGAUUAUAACGCCCUGAUCAUGUUUUUAUUUCAUUUUGGAACGGCUCUUCUAUAAUUAAUAAGAACUGUUCAAAGAAUUGAACGGCUCAGUUUUCUUUCGUCAAGUUUUAUUUUUGAAGUUUUUGACGUUUAAGUACUGAUUAAGUUCGACUACAAACUAAGUUGUUCUCCAGUGUAUCACGUAAUAAUAAAAGAGUUUUAAAAAGAUGAGUAAAUUGUCCCGUCAGAAUACAGAUCAGUUUUACAUUUCUUUUACCGUUACUUAUGCUACUCGCAAAAAAAAGAAAGCAAAAUACAAGACGUUCAUAACUGAUUCUCUCUACCUGGGAAUAUUCUUAGUAUGUUCUUAAAAUUAUAUAAAUAUUUUUUAUUUACAUAUACAAAGGGGUCUUAUAUAUAAAAAAGAAUGUAUAUAACUGAGUUCGUUCUACUCGCGCGACUGACAUGACACUGAUUGAAAUUCACAAAAAAAGGCGACCGGACGUGUAACUAAUACAUUAUGUUUCCAUUUUUCUUUGUAAAGGUUUUGACACUUCUUAAAUUUGCUUGUCUUAGCAUCUAUUUAUUUUUCAGGGACCUGUCCUCUGUACUCUCCACCAACAAAUGGCGCUUUGGUGUGCAACUACAUUGGAUCGAACCCGACUUGCCAAGUUCAAUGUAAACAAGGCUAUGACUUUGAGUUCACUCCUCUCUUUGCUUAUUACUGCUCUGGAGGAAAUUGGCUCAUGUUCUCAAUUGGUCCUUAUGAUCCAAAGCUACCGUGGCCAAGCUGCAAAAGUAAGUGCGAUUAAUUUCUCGUUAAUAUCAUAGGUGACGAAUCACUCCUUAAUUUUGGCGCGAAAUUUCAGCGUUAAUUUGUAAUUUCACAUGUGAAAUUACAAAAUUGUCAUGGCAACCUUCCGUACGUCUCAGUGUCAAGNGUUUUUUUACAGGAACGUCUAAUUUUGGGCUGAAGCUGAACUCAUUUAUUCACUUCCCUUUUUUGUGAUUAUAACGCCCUGAUCAUGUUUUUAUUUCAUUUUGGAACGGCUCUUCUAUAAUUAAUAAGAACUGUUCAAAGAAUUGAACGGCUCAGUUUUCUUUCGUCAAGUUUUAUUUUUGAAGUUUUUGACGUUUAAGUACUGAUUAAGUUCGACUACAAACUAAGUUGUUCUCCAGUGUAUCACGUAAUAAUAAAAGAGUUUUAAAAAGAUGAGUAAAUUGUCCCGUCAGAAUACAGAUCAGUUUUACAUUUCUUUUACCGUUACUUAUGCUACUCGCAAAAAAAAGAAAGCAAAAUACAAGACGUUCAUAACUGAUUCUCUCUACCUGGGAAUAUUCUUAGUAUGUUCUUAAAAUUAUAUAAAUAUUUUUUAUUUACAUAUACAAAGGGGUCUUAUAUAUAAAAAAGAAUGUAUAUAACUGAGUUCGUUCUACUCGCGCGACUGACAUGACACUGAUUGAAAUUCACAAAAAAAGGCGACCGGACGUGUAACUAAUACAUUAUGUUUCCAUUUUUCUUUGUAAAGGUUUUGACACUUCUUAAAUUUGCUUGUCUUAGCAUCUAUUUAUUUUUCAGGGACCUGUCCUCUGUACUCUCCACCAACAAAUGGCGCUUUGGUGUGCAACUACAUUGGAUCGAACCCGACUUGCCAAGUUCAAUGUAAACAAGGCUAUGACUUUGAGUUCACUCCUCUCUUUGCUUAUUACUGCUCUGGAGGAAAUUGGCUCAUGUUCUCAAUUGGUCCUUAUGAUCCAAAGCUACCGUGGCCAAGCUGCAAAAGUAAGUGCGAUUAAUUUCUCGUUAAUAUCAUAGGUGACGAAUCACUCCUUAAUUUUGGCGCGAAAUUUCAGCGUUAAUUUGUAAUUUCACAUGUGAAAUUACAAAAUUGUCAUGGCAACCUUCCGUACGUCUCAGUGUCAAGAUGGCGACGAAGUUUUAGAGUGAAGUGAAUGAAGAUGUCAGGGCAAAAAAAGACGCUUUAGAAAACCUGAACACACAAGAGAACAUCAAGAAGGAUUCUAACAGGUAUUUUGCCGAAAUAGUCUGAAAAAUUCUGAACUUUAUAAGCCAAAUUUAAGGUCUAAACAUUUGAGAGAGUGGACUUCUCGAUCGAUACGAUCCAGGAUAAACAUGUCAAAAAUCCAAGAUUGCUAAGGUAAUUCCUCACCCAUGAUAUUAAUAGGUAAUCAAAUGGUAUACUCGUGAAAUCAGGGAAUAAUUUCACUUGCGUUUUGUCCACAUCCUAAUAUUUUCCCUCGCCUUUCACUCGUCACCAUUUGAUUACACAUACUAACCGUAUCUGCUGAUUACGAGCCUUGGGCUCACACAUUUGCGUUACGGUUUUUAGGAGGGCUUAUAACGGAGGGGCUUAUAUUCCAUGGGGCUUUUAACCGGAACAAAAAAACAUGCUUCGAAACAAGCUACAAAAAUGCUGAUCAAAAUGCGUCCUUAAUUUUUACUGUUUUUUUGUUUCUGUUUUUCUUUUUUUUUUUUCAAUUUCAAAACUUCUUAAUAAAUCUAAUUCGUUUCCAUACAAGCUAUCCAGGGGGCUUAGAAUCGGAUGUAUUUUUUUGUUAUUGUUUACAUAAAGAUGGGCCAACUGGAAGAGGGGCUUAUAAAACAGCCGAAGUAUAAGCGUUUUUAAAGAUGUACUACCACAAGCAAAAUUUUGCCUUAUGAAUUUAUUCAUAGAUAGGUGUCCCCUGCGGGUCUUAAGGACAUUAAACCCUUGGAAAAGUACAAAGUGGAGCCUCACGGUUUGCCUUAAAAGCAAAAGCGUGGUAAUAUAUAAAGACUGCUGCCGCUUACUGAAUUGGCAAACUCUGGAGAAACGUAGGGAGUUCUUAUCUCUGGUUCAGUGCUACAAGAUAGUUUUUGGAGUAGAUAGCCUUUCUUUUUUUGGACUUUUUUGAGCCUACUAAGUGUAGCAAACAAGAGCCAAUCACGAUUGUAAACUGAAUGUGAAAAUUUUCACCCGAUAUUGCUACAAGUAUUGCGUAUGGAUUGUUAAUGUUUGGAAUAACCUGCCUAAAAAAGUCGUAUAUUUCGCAACACUGAGAUUGAGGAUUUUUAUGCUGUAAAUAUCAAUUACCAUGAUUGUAAGCAUGGAGUUACGACUAUGAUAUGUAAAGAACUUUUUUCAGUUUUCAGAUUCGGUCACUUACAUAGGGUUAACCUCAAGAGUCUCCCCUUUCGAGUGGACAACUGAUUGUACUCGAACACGUCAUCAUCCUUCAGGAGACAGUCCCAAGCAAGUUGUCUUAUCUCUUGAGUAAAGUGUACGGUAGUUAUUAUUUGUUAUUAAAAUAUUAGACCAAAAUAUAAAUUGUUCUCAACAGAGACGGUGAACCCGAGCAAUUUAUGGCUGAGAAAUUUUCCAUUUUUCUACUUUCCUGGAGACUGUAAAGAUACCAACAAAGCGGCAUCAGUAAAGGACAAUUUCCUGAAUCUCAUGAACAAUGGCCCAGUACUUCCUCUGUUUUGUAAAAGCAAUCCUCUUGAGUGCAACAAAAAUACAGUACAAGCCUAUUUUGGCGAUGUAACUGCUGAGAAAAGAAGACGCAAACGUAUUGCUGUCAAACUGGUAUGAAUAACUUUCCCAUGUUAGGCCCAUCUUAAAGUUGUCAGGCAAGGUUUGCUUGUCAAACAAGGCCCGUAACAAGUCUCCUUGUGCUCAAAUGCAUAACUGCAAAAAACAAAUUCCUGCCACUACAGGAGAAUAAAUAUAGUACAAAUGAUUAAUGCUAGCCCCUUUGCAGAUCUACCUCGGGCGUUUUUUUUUUCUUAAAACUUUGAUUGAGAAGUUAAAUUGCAAUUACCACUGCGACGAUCAUAUCCUCAUUCAAAACUUUGACCAUUUAAUAGGCCAUUUGCACGAUGGCGCCAUUUUACUAUUCCGACCAGAAUCCUUCAGGGUAUUGCUUUCUUGUGCAAAUUAAGGCUUUUGUUAUUUAAACCUCACUGGGACUACCAAAUUUAAAUAUGAAAGGUAAAACGAAAUGACUUCUGGUCUAAGUAGUAAAACGCGUCGUCUAGACCAAGUCAAAUGCAUUACUAAAAUUAUUACAGACCUUUAGGUUCUAAUUAGCCGACCAUUUGACUUUUGAGGGGUGUAUGGGUGAUUUGUUUGUGUAAGAAUUUUUUUCCCAAACCUAUGGUGAAAAAACAUUUCUCCUGACUUACAAAGGUGUUAAAUGUUUUUUCUGGAAUUAUACGCGAAAUCAGUCUUCCCGAUAUUUUUUCCACCCAAGUUUUUACUUUCCUGGAGACUGUAAAGAGGGGUGUAUGGGUGAUUUUGUUUGUGUAAGAAUUUUUUUCCCAAACCUAUGGUGAAUUUUCCUGACAUACAACGGCGUAAGAAUUUUUUUCCGUCAUUAUACGCCAAUUUUUUCAGUGUAGGAAUUUUUUUCGCCACGUAUUUCCUUGCAAGAAUUUUUCCCUCCAAAUCAGUCUUCACGAUAUUUUUUUCUGAAAUCACCCAUAUCCCCACAACCGCCCCCCGCCCCAAGUCAAAUGGUUGACUCAAGAAUGAUUACGAGGACCAGAUUUUCUCAAAAGCAAGUAGUGCGCGCGUGUGAACCAGCGUCAUCUUUCGCCCGAAAACUCGACAACCAUCGUCUCUUGGUACGAGUUAUUGUGAAGCGAGAUUAUCGUAGUGGCAGAAACAAGUUAUCAUUUUGUCGUCGGAAGAAGGCUUAAACUGCUUCAGAAAAAAAUGAACGGGCUAACUUUUCUGGUAAAAAAAAGUAUCAUGAAGCUUUCGCGGUGUAUUUUGAGAAUACGCGAAAACAUUAAGUUUAAUCUUGUCUCGUAGUCGUCCUAAAGUGUAGGUCUCGAAUCUAAAAGUCGAUCUCUAGUACAGAAAAAUCAAUAACAACAACAACAAAGAAAAGUUAACCAAAAACAAAUCAUAAUUACGGGCUAGAGCAAGUCAGCAAGAUUUAACUUAAAAUAACAUAGAGCAUUUUUUUUACGUAUUGUUUAAAAUUCAGAGGAGAGUGAGUUUCUUUUUCGAUAAUUCGAAAACACGAUUUAAUAUACACGUGGUAUAAGCCUUCCUCUAACGGAAUAUCUUUUAUUAUUUUAACUACUUCAACAGGAGUCUCAACAAGGAAAGAAAGUAAACAAAGUGACCAACGCUUAG